AUGGCCCCCAAAGCGAAGCCGGAGCGACCAUGGAAAGAAGUAGCCGAGGAAGCCCAGGUAUAUCGUGAUUCGACUAUCAGCACGCUUCAUCCACCAGCACCCAAAAUACCAACAGAGCUGCCUAAGAAUGUCUUGUCGAUUCCACAAAAGCUCCUGCAUCCCCAAGUUGUAUCCAUCACCGACUUGCCCCCCGAGCAACUUCUCUCAUUGCUUUCCACUGGCCAGCUGUCCGCGCUUCAUGUCACCACUGCCUAUCUACAACGAGCUGCUGUCGCACAGGGCCUUGUCAACUGUCUCACCGAACUUCUAGCAACGCAAGCCUUGGAGCGGGCGAAAGAACUCGACGCGUACUUCCAAGAACACCAAGAACCCAUAGGCCCUCUGCACGGCCUCCCGAUUAGUGUCAAAGAGCAUGUAGGGUUCGAAGGUCUACGUUGCACUACCGGUUACAUUUCCCACUGGGACAAUGUUCCGAAAGAGGAUGCACACAUCCUGCAGGUCCUACGCAAAGCCGGUGCUGUGUUUCACUGCCGGACUACUAUACCACAAACGAUGAUGCAUCUCGAAACCGACUCAAAUCUAUACGGUGUCACAAACAACCCGUAUAAUAGCAACCUCUCUGCUGGUGGCAGUUCAGGCGGAGAAGGAGCCCUACUUGCUCUUCACGGCUCAUGCCUUGGAAUUGGCUCUGAUGUGGGCGGCUCGAUACGCAGCCCGGCCGCGAAUUGCGGCGUGUAUGGUAUCAAACCGACGGCUUUCCGGAUACCGACGGAUGGCUGGGGUUACAUAAUGGCUGGUGCUGAUACCGUCGAAUCUGUCCUGGGUCCCAUGUCGGUGUCUUUAUCGGGUCUCAAGCUGUUCAUGAAGACAGUCAUAGAUUCGCAGCCAUGGCUGACUGAACCUGCCCUACUACCAUUUCCCUGGCGAAGUUUUGUACUUCCAAAAGACCGCCCAUUGAGAAUCGGCGUGCUAUGGGACGACCGCAUUGUAAGGCCCCACCCGCCAAUAACCCGAGCUCUGAAGACGGUGGCAGACCGCCUCCAAGAGCAAGGCAUCGAAAUCGUGGAUUUCAAACCCUAUCUACACGAAGAAGCCUGGGCCAUCAUCGCAUCACUCUACUUCACCGAUGGCGGCGAAGCAGACGGUGAAGCCAUCAAUUCUUCAGGUGAGCCCUGGAGACCGCUAUCCGAAUGGAUCAUCACGCAAAAUGCGUGCGUCAAGAAGCUCGAUGUCGGCGAAGUGACAUACUGGCUAGAGGAGCGCGAGGCAUAUCGCAAGGAGUACGCGUUGCAUUGGAACGAGCUAGGCGUAGACGCUGUACUUUGCCCUGUCGGGCCAGGUGUGGCACCCAAGCACAACACAGCGAAGUACUGGUGGUAUACUUCGCAAUGGAACCUGCUCGACUAUCCUAGCGUUGCGUUUCCUGUAACGAAGGUGGAUAAGCAGAUAGACAAGUGGGUGGGGGACCCCAAAUCGCUCAGUGAACACGACACAUACAACCGGGAAUUGUGGGAUCCGGAAGAAUUCGACGGGCUCCCCGUCAGUCUGCAACUAAUAGGUAGAAGAUUCGAGGACGAGAAGAUCUUAGCCAUCCUAGAGCACAUCACUGAGCAGAUCAAUUUGCCCUUCGAACAAUUUCCAUGA